AUGAAUUCCGUCGCCGCAAAACGCCUCUUCCAAGAGUACAAAGCGCUCUCCGUCGACCCUCCGGAUGGCAUCACCGCGGGACCCGUGAACGAGGAUGACCUCUUCCUAUGGGAGGCUCUGAUCCAAGGGCCCGAAGGCACACCUUUCGAAGGCGGCGUGUUUCCCGCAGAGCUCAAAUUCCCGCGCGAUUACCCGCUUAUGCCGCCGACGAUGAAGUUCACAUGUGAUAUGUGGCAUCCGAAUGUAUACCCUAACGGCGUAGUCUGCAUAUCGAUCCUGCACCCACCCGGCGACGACCCGAACCACUACGAAUCUGCCUCGGAACGGUGGAGUCCGAUCCAGAGCGUUGAGAAGAUUUUGAUAUCUGUCAUGAGCAUGAUUGCGGAGCCGAAUGAUGAGAGCCCGGCGAAUGUGGAUGCGGCGCGCAUGUGGAGGGAGCAGAGGCCGCAGUAUGAGGCGAGAGUCAAGGCGGAUGUGAGGAGAAGCUUGGGACUGUAA